AUGUGUUGUUUUUUUUUGCCGACAGGAGUAUUUCAUAAAGUUGAAGCAAUGUCCUCAGCGAUGAAGUUCUACUAUUACUCCAAAAAUCCUGUACAAAGAACGCUUUCGUCCAGCGUGUCCAGCCCGGAUAAUCGCCUUGAAGAGUUCAAGAGACGUUUCAGACGUAGUGGUUCGCUCGGUAUACCAUUCGUAAUGGAAGAGGAUAUACGAGAUUUGUUCGCAAAAAAUGAUGGUGAAACAAUCAUCGAAGGCGAAGAUGGACUACCUAUACUGACAGUGAUUGUCAAAUGUCAACGUGCAGCCGAUGGAGUGUCACAAAUGAUUUCAAAACUGCCGACCAACACACGAAUCAAACACAUGGAGACCAGAGACUGUCAGGAUGGGUCCAGUGGAGAAAUGGAUAUUCUUGUCGAAUUAGAACUCGAGCCGGGGAACAGUGCAAACGGUGCCAUGUCGGUUAUGAGGGAGAAAGGAUUGAAGUUUUAUGAGGUAUCAUUCACAAUGAGACCACCUGUUGCGGAGAAAUAUAUUGAACCAGGAUCGAAUGAUGCUACUACUGGAUGCCAGUGGUUCCCUAAGACAAUCUACGACCUUGAUAUUUGCGCCAAAAAGGUGAUCAUGUACGGUGCCGGUCUUGAUGCUGACCACCCGGGGUUCAAAGAUGCGGAAUAUCGCAAAAGGCGAAUGAUGUUCGCCGACAUCGCCUUGAAUUACAAGCAUGGUGAACCAAUCCCACGCAUAGACUACACGGAUAGUGAAAGGAAAACAUGGGGUGUCAUAUAUCGCAAACUCAGAGAACUACAUAAAAAGCAUGCCUGUCAAGAGUUCCUGGAGAAUUUUACACUUCUUGAACGAUACUGUGGAUAUUCGGAAGAUAACAUCCCUCAGCUCGAAGACAUCUGCCGCUUUCUUAAAGCAAAAACCGGUUUUCGUGUUCGUCCGGUGGCCGGUUACUUGUCCGCACGCGACUUCCUUGCCGGUCUCGCUUAUCGAGUGUUCUUCUGCACCCAAUACAUGCGCCAUCAUUCCGAUCCACUUUAUACUCCAGAACCGGACACUGUGCAUGAACUCAUGGGGCACAUGGCACUGUUUGCUGAUCCAGAAUUUGCGCAAUUCUCACAGGAAAUCGGCCUCGCAUCCCUCGGAGCCAGCGAUGAUGAUUUGAAAAAACUUGCAACGCUUUAUUUCUUCUCAAUCGAGUUUGGUCUUUGCUAUGAUGGACCAGUUGAAGCAUCUGACAAGGAGAAUAAUUCAACACCUGCGAUCAAGUACAAAAUCUAUGGUGCAGGUCUUCUCAGCAGCGCUGGCGAGCUUCAGCAUGCUGUGGAAGAUUCGCCGACAAUUCUACGCUUUGAUCCGGACCGUGUUGUCGAGCAGGAAUGUCUCAUAACCACUUUCCAGAAUGCGUACUUCUACACUAAAAAUUUCGAAGAGGCCCAGCAAAAAUUAAGGAUGUUCACAAGUAGCAUGAACCGUCCAUUCGUUGUUCGCUACAAUCCGUACACUGAGAGUGUUGAGAUAUUAAACAACAAACGUUCAUUGAUGCUGACCGUGAACUCACUACGUUCGGACAUCAAUCUUCUCGCCGGAGCACUUCAUUACAUCCUUUGA